AUGAUGAUCGCACGUGCAGCGUCCCCGUCUUUGCCACCGUUGGGCGAAACAGCGUGGGACAGAGAUCACGAUCGAAGCCGGGAGAGGAACCGGGAUCGCGAGAGGGUGCGGGAAAGGAGCGGCGAGAACGAGAGGGAACGUCAACAGGAAAGAGAACCCGCGAUCAGGGAGAGGGAGGUGCGGGAUCGGGAAAGGGAACGCGAUCGCGACAGGCAAAGGGACAGGGAGAGAGACCGGGAAAGGGACGUAUCGGUCUGCAUGAUGGAACCACCCGAGUCUGUCUUCAUCUCCCCUACUGCGGCCCUUCUCGCGUUGCAGAGGAUAAAGGACGCUUCUCUCGUGUUCCACAAACGUCCGGCGCUAGCAGCGGGUAUCGGUUUGGUGGGUGGCAGAGCAAACGCCGGCGUUGGCGGAAACGGCGGCAAUUUAGGUGUCGAUGGCGAAUGCGGCGACGCGCUGAAGAGACGCAAAGUUCACAGAUGCGACGUUGCUGGCUGCGACAAAGUUUACACGAAGAGCUCGCACCUAAAAGCGCACAAGAGGACUCAUACCGGCGAAAAGCCAUAUCAGUGCACGUGGGAAGGCUGCACGUGGAAAUUCGCACGAUCGGACGAGCUGACGCGGCACUAUCGCAAACAUACGGGCCAAAAGCCGUUCAAGUGCCAUCUCUGUCAGCGAUCGUUUUCGCGGAGCGACCACUUGUCGCUCCACAUGAAGAGGCACUGAUGGUGAGGACCGCCUAGAGCUGCGUCGAUGUGAGAGAAAGCGCACGCCGAUCUGCGGGAGGAAAUAGAGGAAAGCUGGAGAACGGUCCUCGGUAAUCGGCUAGUGAUCCUGAGCAAUCCUAGACGAGAAACGACGAUAUUUCUUACAUUUGGGACCUGAAGAGCCAUACCAUGUGUCGGCCCGUUUCGAACUUUAGGUCGGACCGGCCGGCUGGGCAGGCAGCAACUAGGAAAAAGAGAAAAUAAAUCGACGAAGCAAACAAAUCGCGUUUAUUAGAUUUAGCGCUUAAUCGCGAGCUAAGUAAUCGUGGCGCCGAUCAAUUUUGGUCGGCUGAUUCUCUCGGUGCUGUCUCUCGCAAGCCUUUCCGACGGGAUCUCUGCGGAAAAGAAUGGCCACAGCUGCGACAAUUGAGCCGAUGUCGGAAUUACGAGGGUCGAAUAAUCGCGAGGAAAGAUAAUCGUUUUAUCAGUUAUCGGGCUUUGACGAAGGCACGAUUAUGAGAAAGGAAAUGAUCCGCUUGUGCGAUCGAGAUCGCCUACAGAUUCGGCACGAUGAGACGUAUCGUUACAUAUAUCCGUUCUCUUCUGUGUUUCUAGCCAAUUUUUACUCGUUCGAUUUUCCAGUUUGUUUUCUUUAUAUAUAUACAUUUAAUUAAGGCCAGCUCAACUAGUCUAGAGCACCAUAUAUUGUAUGUAUCGCGAAGAA